AUGGAAGACGAAGUUCAGCCAAUAGUGAUGAAAGAUUAUUUUUCUGAAUUACAGAAAGAAAUGAAUUUCGAGGUUGAGUCAAUGGAAAUGGAAGAUGAUUUUCUCGAGUUCACACUAGCUGAGAUCGUGGCAAUGGAGAAAAAAUUUAAAGAAUCAAAAGAGAAAGCAAUCAGUCAGGUUAUUUGUCAAGAGCUUGCAACUAAGUUUAGUUGCUCACCUCACCGAUCUGAAAAAUCUUCUGUAAAAUGGGAACAGGUGCAAGAAUGGUUCCAAGAUAAAGAGAAAAGUCUUGCAGCUAAAGUAACUUCAUCUUCUUCUUGUAAAGCAAUUGUUGCUUAUACAAAUCCUGCACCAAGGAGGAAAAAACCUAAAGUUCCAGUAUCGACAAUUUCUGCUGAUGAAGCGGCUGUGGCACUUUCAAACUUGAUUUUUGAAGCUAAAUCAGCAAAAGACUAUGCUUGGUUUGAUGUUGGUUCUUUCCUCAACUACAAAGUCCUCAGUUCAGGGGAAGUGGCAGUUCGCGUGAGAUUUGCUGGCUUCAAUAAAGAUGAAGAUGAAUGGAUUAAUGUAAAAGAGGCAGUACGUGAACGCUCAAUUCCUUUACAAGUAUCGGAAUGUCACAAAGUCAAUGUUGGAGAUCUUGUACUCUGCUUCAGGGAAGACGAGGAUUAUGCACUUUAUUGUGAUGCACAUAUUGUGGAUAUCCAACGGAAAUUACAUGAUAUCGAAGGCUGCAGGUGCAUCUUUGUGGUCAGAUAUGUCACAGAUGACUUUGAGGACAAAGUUUUGCUUAACAAAUUAUGUUGCAGACCAACAUCUUCAGCCUCCAUUCCCGCUAUCGACUUGGAGCCUGGUGUGAUGGGCGAAUGA